AUGGCCAAUGACCCAAAAGGUUUUGUCCUGGAUUUGGAAAUAUUCACCUUUUCUUUUGGAGGGCUCCACAUGGUACCCUUGCCUUGGCUUGUCAUGUUCCUCUACACCUUAUUAACACCCUACAAAGUCCUACAAAUCUGGGCCGACUCCAUAAAGACUCUCCAGUUUCCCACUUUCCCCACGGUCAUUGCAGCAGUGGUGUUGCUGAUCGGCCACACUACUGUUUUGGGCUUUUUUCCUGUCUACACUGUCAUCUCCCAGCCUUUUGGACCUGCUUCCCGUUUCAUCAUUAUCUUUGAGCAGUGCCGUUUUUUGAUGAAAAGCCAUUCCUUCCUGCGGGAAACUGUGCCUCCCAUCCUUCGGGCCAGGUCAGAUCAUGGAAAGAUGCAGCCACCUCCAUUCUCUACGUAUCUGUAUUUUCUCUUCUGCCCUACUUUCAUCUACAGGGAGCAUUACCCAAGGACACCCUAUGUUCGCUGGAGGUAUGUCAUCGAGAACUUCACUAAGUUCUUUGGAUGUCUGAUUUCUAUAGCCAUGCUCUUCAAGUGCUACACUAUUCCUGUUUUCAGUAAUGCAAAUAAGCAUCCCUUCAGCUUCAAAACUCUAGUGCUCUAUGUCUUCAGUGCAACAGUGCCAGCAAUAUAUUUCCUGCUGCUGAGCUUCUAUGGCUUUUUACAUAGUUGGCAUAAUGCCUUUGCUGAAAUGCUGCGCUUUGCUGACCGCACUUUCUACAAGGACUGGUGGAAUGCCACAUCUUUCCCUGCAUUCUUCCGGACCUGGAAUGUGAUAGUACAUGACUGGCUGUACUAUUAUAUCUAUCAGGACCUCCUAUGGGUACUCAAAGCAAAGGCCCGACCUGUGGUUUUGUUGUCUACCUUCAUUAUUUCAGCGGCCGUCCAUGAAUAUGUCAUGCUGUUGUGCUUUGGCUACUUCUACCCAUUUCUGUUCAUAUUAUGGAUCUUAAUUGUCUUAGGAGGAAUAUUUCAGUCUACUCCCACUCGCGGGAACAAAAGCCCCAAUAAUAACGUUCAAUUCUGGACAUGUUUGCUGUUGGGUUUUGCACUUCAGUUUAGCUUGCAGUCCCUAGAGUGGUAUGCCCAGAUCCACUGUCCAGUUGAGAAGAAUACGUUCUGGACAAGAGUGAUCCCACGUUCUUGGUCCUGUUAUUCCUAGUUUACAGCUACGCCAGAGGACCUUUUGAAAUCUCUCCCUCCCCUCUGCUCUAUUACUGAAACAAGACCUUUCAGCCAGAGGAACUUUAUAUUGCACUAUGUAUCGUGGUUUUUGUUCCUGGAUUGUAAAUGUUAUUUGCUAAUUGGUUCUAUCAUAAAAACAUGGGCAAAGGUUUGUUAAACUGAAAACGCUUUGGUUUUGCAGGACAUUCUGCAGCACAUUUUACUAUAGUUUUUCAAUGAAUAUCUCCUAGAGUCUCAAUCAAUCCAACAGUUUCUGGCAGCUACAAAAAUGAAGUUUCUGGAUUAUAACAACUACUUUCUAAGUAAAUACCACAUAAUUAAACACGAAAUAACACUUUCAAACCAGGAAGUUUUUUUCCCCCAAUUUUUGUUACAUAUGAUAUCUGCAGUCAGGCCACUCCUACUCAUUUCCUUUAUUACAAGCAGCCCUCUGCUUCCUUAGCUGAGCUUUAAAAUAUUAUAAAUAUUUUUGUAAGUUUUUUUGCUCAAAAAGCAGAAUGAGCCUCCUCCUUAACUGAGAACAAUAUGAAGCAUAGUUAUUUGGCAUUUCUAAGAUAUUCUCCCUAUACUGGAACAGGCUUUUGAGGAUUCUCCCAUGCACAUGAGAUCUCAUAUUG